AUGAGCUCCCCAACCGGCGCCGCCGCCUCCGCGGAGGCGCCGCGGACGGUGGCCUCGGCGGUGCUCCGCAUCCAGAUGGCGCUCCUCGACGGCGCCGCGGCGUCCAACGAGGCGCUCCUCCACGCGGCCGCCUCCGCGCUGCUCUCCCGCGCCGACUACGACGACGUCGUCACCGAGCGCACCAUCGCGGACGCAUGCGGCAACCCCGCGUGCCCCAACCCUCUCCCCUCCGCCGCCGCCUCCGCGACGGGGCCCCGCUUCCACAUCGCCCUCAGCGAGCACCGCGUCUACGACCUCGAGGAGGCGCGCAAGUUCUGCUCCGAGCGCUGCCUCGUCGCCUCCAAGGCCCUGGCCGCCUCGCUCCCGCACGACCGGCCCUACGGGGUCCCGCUCGACCGCCUCGCUGCGGUCGUCGCGCUCGUCGAGGGCGCCGCCGCCGUCGGGGACGGGAGCGGGUUAGGGUUUCAGGGCGUGGAUGGGAGGAACAAGGACGAGGGAAGGAAGGUGGAGAUCAAGGAGAAGGAGGUCGCCGGAGCUGGGGAGGUCUCGCUGCAGGACUGGAUUGGGCCCUCCGAUGCCAUUGAGGGUUAUGUGCCGCGCCGUGACCGCAGUGCCCAAGGGCAAAAGCCACAGCCUCAGCAGAACAAAGUUGCUGGACCUGAGCUGUCCAGAACUGAAAUUGUGGAUUCUAGGACUGCUGCUCCUGGUGAAGAUGGCAUGACAAGUUCACCUUCAUUGGUUGAAACACACAUGAGCGCCGAAGUAAUAGCUGAGAGAAUGGGUGACCUGGUUCUUGGUGAGAAUACCACACCUAGAAAGAAGAAAAAUAAAACCCCAUCAAAGAUGUUGGAGCAAGAGGAAGAUAACAGGAUGCUGUCAUCUUGCAUAUCUGAUUCCAUUGCAAAGCAGCUCGAGGAUGUAGUUUUGGAAGAGAGAAAAGGCAGUAAGAAAAAUAAAGCGAGUAAAGCAUCAUCGAGGACACAGAAGAGUAAGUCUAGAAAAAGGCCUGCUGGAAGCGAUGGCCAUGAGGUGGACUUUACGAGUACCAUCAUUAUUGGGGAUGCUUCGACAAACAGGGAGGAAAGUGCUAUGAAUCAGUAUAACUACUUGUCAAGUUCUGUAUUGGUAGACAAUCAUCCCUCAUCAUCUCAAUCUUCAGCAAAAGAUUCAACGCAAGCUUAUGCUGAACAACUGUGCGAAGAAUUCAGUGAAGCAAUGAACAUUGGAAAUGAUGAGACAACUGAUGAAAAGAUGAGGCCUGCAUUGAAGUCUUCGUUGAAAGUUACUGGGUCUAACAGCGGUAGACAGUCUGUUACAUGGGCAGAUGAGAAUGGAAGUGUCCUAGAAACAAGCAAAGCAUAUGAAAGCCCUUCAAGUAGCAUAAAACAACCCGAGGAUGUCAUAGACAGUUCACUAAGGCGUGCAUCUGCAGAGGCAUGUGCUGCAGCACUUAUUGAGGCAGCAGAAGCUAUUUCUUCAGGCACAGUAGAAGCAGAAGAUGCAGUUUCAAAGGCUGGAAUCAUCAUUCUGCCUGACGUGCUUAACCAGAAAGAAUAUGACAAUGCCAAAAACACUGCCGGAGAUGAUGACCCUGAGAUAGAUAGGGAUGUUAUCAAGUGGCCUAAGAAACCUGUACUUCUGGAUACAGACAUGUUUGAAGUUGAUGAUUCUUGGCAUGACAUGCCUCCAGAAGGUUUUAGUCUAACUCUGUCUGCUUUCGGAACAAUGUGGGCUGCACUAUUCGGAUGGAUAUCCAGGUCGUCUUUGGCCUAUGUGUAUGGACUUGAAAGGGGUUCAGUGGAAGAGUUGUUGAUUGCCAAUGGGAGGGAAUAUCCUGAGAAGAUAGUUCUGAAGGAUGGGCUCUCAUCGGAGAUUAGAAGAGCUCUAGAUUCUUGCGUUUGUAACGCUGUGCCAGUACUCGUAUCAAACUUGAGGUUGCAGAUCCCGGUUUCAAAAUUGGAGAUUACUCUGGGCUACUUGAUUGACACAAUGUCGUUUGUUGACGCCCUGCCUUCUCUGCGAUCAAGGCAGUGGCAGGCUGUGGUUCUGGUAAUGCUUGAUGCGCUCUCUGUUCACCAGCUUCCUGCCCUUGCUCCAGUCUUUUCAAAUUCAAAGCUUGUGCAAAAGAUGUUGAAUGCUGCUCAGGUUAGCAGAGAGGAGUAUGACUCCAUGGUGGACCUGUUUCUCCCUUUUGGAAGAUCCGUCCUGGCAGCCACACCCAUGUAG